ACUAUCUAGCAUACUGCAAGCAGAGAAGCAAACGGAGGGUAGUGACCGAUGGGCUUCGGCCAUGCCUGGCUCCGUUCUCCAGGGAGCGGCUGCGGUGUUAGCUUCGUUAUUAAUCCUUUGGUUAUUCAGAUGGUACUGCAGUAGCUCAAUCACGGCAAAAGGGAGGCUGCCGCCGGGGUCCAGGGGUCUCCCCGUCCUCGGGGAGACCCUCCAGUUCUUCGCCGGGAGCCCAUCUCUGGAGCUGCACCCGUUCUUCAAGCGACGCCUUGAAAGGUACGGCCCGAUUUUCAGGACGAAUUUGAUCGGCGUAGACCUCAUCGUUUCCCUCGACGCGGAGCUGAACAACCUGGUGUUCCAGCAAGACGAGAGGCUCUUCGAGAACUGGUGGCCGGAGUCGGUGAUGAGGAUCUUCGGCCCCGAGAACCUCAGGCUGGUCCUGCUCCAGGACGUGCAGAGAACGGCUCAGGCGAGCCUGCUCUCGUGGCUUGACCUGCCAAGCGUCGAGCUCAAGGAGGCGACCUCCAGUAUGAUAUUCAGCGUGACAGCCAAGAGACUCAUCAGCUACGACUCCUCAAGUUCAGACGGGAAGCUGUGGAAACAGUUCGACGCGUUCAUUCGGGGGCUCCUAGCGUUUCCACUUUACAUUCCUGGGACAGCCUUCUACCAGUGUAUGCAGGGGCGCAAGGAAGUCAUGAAGAUACUGCGUAAACUUUUCGAUGAAAGGAAAAAGGCACCUUCUCGACUGGAAAAAGUUGAUUUUAUUGAUCUCUUGAUCGACACUAUCAAGGAGGACAAGCUUGCAAUGAGCGACAAUUUUGCACUGAAUUUGAUCUUCCUGCUGCUCUUCGCUGGCUUCGAGACAACGUCGUCCGGGAUAACUGCUGCAAUCAAGUUUCUGACAGACAAUCCCAAGGCCUUGCAAGAACUAACGGACGAACAUGAGAACAUUCGGAAAAGAAGGGCAAGUCCUGAUGCUGAAAUCACAUGGGAGGAAUACAAAUCCAUGAAAUUUACAUCUUGUGUCAUACACGAGUCAUUAAGAAUGGCCAAUAUUGCUCCAUUAUUAUUUAAGAAAGCAAGAGAGGAUGUUCACAUAAAAGCUUACACUAUCCCAAAAGGAUCAAAGGUCAUGGUUUGUCCUUCCAUUGUUCACCUUAAUCCUACUAUUUAUGAGGACCCCAAUGUAUUCAACCCUUGGAGGUGGAAGGAAAUUGCCGAGCCACUUGGUGGAGCCUCCAAAGACUUCAUGGCCUUCGGAGGAGGUUUGCGAUUAUGUGUUGGUGCUGAGUUUGCUAAGUUGCAAAUGGCUAUUUUCCUCCAUUCCUUAGUUACUAAAUACAGGUGGAAAGCGAUUAAGGGGGGCAUCAUGGUGCUUUCUCCAGGGCUACGGUUUCCUGAUGGUUUUCACAUCCAGCUUAUCCACAAAUCUUGACAAAUUUAUUAUUCAACAAAACAAUGCUUUGUAGACAUAUAUAGUUUUUACUUAAUUAUGUGUUCAUGUAUGUCUGGGUUUGUAAUGUGGUCAUUGAACAUAAGGUCAUCUCGAAUAAAUUAAUAUAGACAUAUGUAAGAGGUACAUGAGAAAAACAUAUAAUAUGUGUAGGUAUGGUUAAUACCUACACAUUAUAUAUGUUGUACUAUGUUUCCUACAUUAGUUACAACAUGCAAAAAUACUUUUUC